AUGAGUACAACAGAUAAGCUGCCACCGCUCUACACCGCCCUCCCGGGCUCAAACGCGACAUUGCGGGCAGGAGCAUGGAGGAGAAUGUUACGACGUCGCUCGUAUGAACUGCGUGUCAUCGGGGUAGCAUGCCUUAUAUACAUCGCCUACGUCCAAUGGAGGAUAAUUUCGAUCCCAUCAAGCACGCUUAGUCCUGAGAUCACUGUUCAUGGACUCUCUACCAAGCGGCUCGAAGAAGAUCUCGCGACCUGUGCCAAGUUGCAUACCAAGCCCGCUGACCCAAUCGGGUUCGGCCGCAAGAGAAACGCUCGCUAUAUUGAUGGUCAAAAACCUACUCUCAUCGUCAAUGCUACAGUCUGGGUCGGUGAGCCCGUGAAUGGAGCUGCGGCGGCAGCGACCGGCGAGGAAUACGUAUGGAUCAAGGCCGAUGUCUUCCUCGAGCACGGGCUCAUCCAGCGAGUAGACGGUAGCAUCGACUUGGCCGACUUGCCUAGCGAUGUUCUGGUCUACAAUGCAGCUGGCCGACCUCUCACUAGCGGCAUCAUCGAUAUGCAUAGCCAUGUUGGAGUGCAUGCCCUGCCUACGAUACAUUCCAACGACGAUACCAGCGAAUUAUCCGCCAAUAUCACCCCGUUUGUGCGGUCUAUCGACGGCAUCCAGCCAACAGAUCACCAAAUACAGGUAAUCAAGUCAGGAGGAGUAACUACGUCGCUGGUUUUGCCAGGGUCCAGCAAUAACAUCGGCGGGGAGGCUUAUGUGAUCAAACAUGCCGUUGGGCGCGCUGAUGGCCGCAACGAGACGAGCAUUGUCGAUAUGCUCGCAGAUCCUGAUCGUGCGUGGAGGUACAUGAAGAUGGCAUGCGGCGAGAAUGCCAAACAUGUACAUGGCAAGAUCGGAGAACGUGGUCCGAUGAGUCGCUUGGGUGAGAGCUGGGAAUUUCGUCAAACCUUCGAGCAUGCCACCAAAUUGAUGCGGCAGCAGGAUGACUGGUGUGCGGCCGCGAGCCUAGGACUCGGCAAUAUUAAAACGCACCUCCCAGUCGAACUCAAGUGGGAGGCUCUCAUAGCUGUCCUAAGGGGCCAAGUCCACGUCCACACGCACUGCUACACCAUCAAAGACCUAGAGGCCUUCGUCGACCAUAGUAACGAGUUUCAGUUCCCAAUUCGCGCAUUCCAUCAUGCCCAUCAGGCGUAUCUUGUUCCAGAGGUUCUGAAACGAACAUGGGGUGAUGAUCCGCCCGCUGCCGCACUCUUUGCAGAUAACAUGUGGUAUAAAGCCGAAGCCCACAUCGGCUCCGAGUACGCGGGGAAAUAUCUAAAUGACCAUGGGCUAGUUCCUAUCUACGUCAGCGAUAACCCAGUUCUCAAUGCCCAACACCUCAUCUUCGAGGCAGCCAAAGCCUAUCGAUAUGGACUACCUUAUCACGUUGCUAUUGCAUCGGUUACGAGCGCCCCUGCAGAGAGGCUGGGUCUUGGGCGACGUCUAGGUAAGGUCAAGCCCGGAUUUGAUGCAGACAUUGUCGUGUGGGACGAUGAUCCGCUUAGAGUCGGGACGAACCCGGUCCAGGUUUGGGUUGAUGGGACCGCCCAGUAUGAAGACCCAGUGGAGCUUAACAAGCCAUUCAGGGGGACACUCAUCCCGAAUCAAAGAUUGGCAGACAUCGCUGAAACUGCAGUUCCUGUAAGCGUGGAUAUGGUGUUUACCGGCAUUUCGAAGAUCUUGGCUCCAAGUCUAUACGCCGGACCUGACGACAGCGAGACAUUCUCAGUGGCAGUUUCCAGAGGCAAGAUUACUUGUGUCGGUCGUUGUGACAAGGAAGUGGCUGCUGUUGGUGAAUCCGUCGUCCACAUCCAAAAUGGUCAUCUAACGCCUGCGUUCACGGCUUUCGGCUCUACACUGGGACUUAACGAAAUCGAUUCAGAGGCGGUAACCGACAACGGCGCAGACGGUACGGCCUUUAGCCGAGGUGUCGAUGGCCUUGCUCUGAACACUACAAAACUACUGGUGGCCCGACGGUACGGCGUAACGCGAGCUAUCUCGGCGCCCAAGUUUACCGUCGGCGGCACCCAUCAUGGGACUAGUGUUGGUUUUCUCACAGCCGCAACGACCGCCCUCGAUAAAGGAGCCGUGUUUAACCGCGAUGUUGCCCUCCACUACACCCUCGACUUGUCUGUUAAAGGAGUCGGAAACACGCCUUCGAUGUCUUCUGCCGUUGGGGAAUUACGUGACAAGCUGCUCCAGGCCGUUGAGUCGCGAAACAAUAGUCCCCUUGUGACCCUGCGCUACUCGGAGCCGGCGUUCCUCCAGAAGGUCGUUGCCGGUAAGAUGGCACUCGCUAUAACGGUUCAUAGCGCUGAUACCAUCUCUUCUCUGUUGGAUGUUAAGACGUCCGUUGACGAGGCUAUUUCUAUCUUCGGAGGUGACGUGAAAAUUCGCUUGGUCAUAAUUGGCGGAGCUGAAGCACACCUAGUUGCACGAAAUCUUGCAGAGGCGGGAGUAGGAGUCGUUUUGGCUCCGAUGCAAUCGUACGCCGUUUCUUGGGAUCAAAGGAGGGCCCUUCCGGGUGCUCCACUGACAAAUACGACUGCCGUUGAUGUCCUUGUGGAUUCUGGAGUGGUAACAGCUGUUGGGCUGGAGGAGGACUGGAUAGUCCGGGAUCUUGGGCUUUUAGCCGGUGUUGCCUACCAAAACAGUGAAGGUAGACUGGAUGAAAGGGGAGCAGUAGACUUAAUCAGUCGGAAUGUAUACACGAUGUUGGGCUUGGAAGAGCCUGGGUGGGAUGACCAUUUCGUCAUCUACGAGGGUAGCCCAUUUGAAAUCGAUUCCAAAAUCAGAGUGGUAGGCGAUGGGACCGGCCAGGUACAUAUCUCUUGA